AUGCCGAAGUAUUAUUGUGACUAUUGUGAUACAUACUUGACUCACGACUCCCCCAGUGUGCGGAAAACGCACUGCACGGGUCGGAAGCACAAAGACAAUGUUAAAUUUUAUUAUCAAAAAUGGAUGGAAGAGCAAGCACAACAUUUAAUCGACGCUACGACAGCCGCCUUCAAAGCGGGCAAAAUCGCAAAUAACCCAUUUGCCCAGCCUGGUAAGGGUGUGGCGAUACCUCCCCCUGCACAACUCACAGCUAUGGGCCAAAGGCCUGGGGCACCGGGGGCUCCCAUGAUGCCACCAACGAUGGGCCCAGGAGGACCUAUGCCCCCGAUGAUGAUGGGGCCACAUGGGCCCAUGCCGCCAAUGAUGGGUAUGCGGCCGCCCAUGAUGGGCAUGAUGCCGAUGGGGCCUAUGGGGCCCAUGGGCGUCAGGCCGCCCGUGGUCAAUCCGCAAAUGAAGAGCUAAAUUUUGUGUUUGUAAUUUUUCUGUGUAUUGUGUAAUUAGCCAAUUUCAAUAACAAUAAAGAAUUUUUAUAUAAA